CAUCAUUAUUAUGUAAAUAGUGUGUUGAAACGUGGGAGGGAGUAGGCGGAAGACCUACGGUUACCUACAGUUACUCUCGACAUAUCCGGACCUGCAGACCAGCUGUAAAGGAUGGUGAAGAGCGCAACUAUGCUGUCGUGGACAUUUCCCAAAAAGUUUUUGUGGAUGAGCACUGUCAACUUCUUGCUGUCGGGAUGUUUCGCGUCUGGACAGAAUCUGACAGAAAAAGCGCAUGACUUGAUGUCAAAAUUUCGCCUCAUUGAUGGUCAUAACGACCUCCCUCUCCGCCUGAGGAUACUAUAUAACAACAAACUAAGUCAAAUUGACCUCCUGAACGUCAGCAAAGUGGCCACAGACAUUGGGCGACUCACAGCCGGUCACGUGGGUGGACAGAUGUUCGCAGCCUAUGUGUUGUGUAAAGCCCAGGGGAUGGAUGCGGUGAGGCUCACCCUGGAGCAGAUAGACGUGAUCCAACGGAUGUGCACCGAGUACCCUGCACUGGAGCUGGUCACAUCAGCCAAAGGACUAAGAGACUCUACCAAGAUUGCCUGUCUGAUCAGUAUUGAGGGAGGCCACUCCAUAGACAGCAGCCUGCCGGCCCUGCGCAUGUACUACCAACUAGGGGUUCGCUCCAUGGCCCUCACACACACUUGCAACACACCGUGGGCUGAAUCGUCCUCGAUCAUUUAUGAUGUCUAUCAAAGAGUGAAUGACAGUCUAACGCACUUCGGUAAGGCGGUGGUGGAGGAAAUGAAUCGUCUGGGCAUGAUAAUAGACCUGUCGCACAGUUCCUGGGCCACAGCCAAGGCUGCCUUGCAGUUCUCCAAAGCCCCUGUCAUCUUCAGCCACUCUUCGGCCCAUGCCAUAUGCAACCACAGCCGCAAUGUACCUGAUGAGCUUCUCCGUUUACUGGAAAAUAAUGCAGGCCUAAUCAUGGUGAACCUUCACACUGAGUUUGUAGCCUGCAGUGACAAAGCAAAUCUCUCCAUUGUAGCAGACCACUUUGACCACAUUAAGAAAGCGAUUGGAGUUGCUUCAAUCGGAAUAGGUAGUGACUUUGAUGGUGCACCAACCUUUCCUGUUGGUUUGGAAGACGUGUCCAAGUACCCUGCCCUGAUCCAAGAACUACUGCGUAGGAAGUGGACAGAAUCAGAGCUGACUGGGGUCCUUCGCAACAAUUUUCUGCGAGUCUUCGAAGCAGUGGAAAAAGUACGUGAUGAGAUGAGAGACAACCACCCCAGUGAGGUCCAAAUCGCCCUGUCGGAAGUCCAUAACCCUUGCCGCGUGGUCCUGAGACCCCCAAAGACAGGGCUCCUGACUAAACAAAGGUCCUCCUCCCAUAGCCAGUUAAGAUCAUGGAACUGUCCAACAUGGUUCUGCAUCACAAUAAUGCUCUUCCUCUGUAUAUUGGACUGAUCUGAUUACCAAUACCACAUCCAUAAGCACUAAGCACCUUGUUCAUGGAGGCGUCAGUGUGUGUGUGAUUUAAGACACAACACAUUUGGGUUUUUGAGUUGGACUGCAAUUAUGUGUGACUUACAUGAUACAAAAUGUUUAAACUUACAUUCAACGUACAUUACAUUAUAGUGACAAAAGCAUGAAACCUUGAUUUGAUCAUUUAUCAUUCUUAUUCACUUUACAUUUAUUUGGAUGUUAAUUUUAAAUGUGCCAACAUUUGAUUACGUGACGAGAUUGAGUGUGACUUUGCUAUGAAGCAUUCUUUCUUUUAGCUUUAUAGCAAGCAAAAGCAUCUUUUAAAAAUGUUUUCUAUAGUUUGUUGCACUUGCCAUGACAUUAUUUGAAUAGCAUACUUUUCUACAUCAUUUUAUUUUCCUGUAAUGCACUUUGUGUUUACAAUCUCUUACAUCAUAGAUUUGUUUCCAUAUGGAAAUACAAAUGUAAUUAAGUCUGAAGGUUUUAUGGACUCCUUUCAUUCAAAAUUGUUCAGGCAUUCUUCUUCUCUAUGAGGAAGCCCUGGCAUGUGUCACUCAUCUGGUGGCCUAGUUCAUAUGCCACCAUAAUGACUACUAUAAGUAGUAAUUCUUCAAUUCUUCAUUUGCAGAUUUAAAAACGUUUCUCUUUUCAACAAUACAAAUAGCUCUCCAGUAAAAAACAAACAUACUGAAAAUGAUAAACUCCUUGAAUAUGAUUAAUGUCAUCCACAUUUAUAAAGUAUUUUCUGCAGAAUGUAUCCCAACUGUAACUGUCAUUAUCUACAAUCUGAAUCUCUUACUUCAUAGGGGAAGGUUGAGAAAAUAAA